AUGAAUCUAGGCAAUGAAAGUGCUCCAAAGAUCUUCAUUCUUUUGGGUUUCUCCAACCAUCCAUGGCUGGAAAUGCCCCUCUUCAUAAUGGUGCUUGUUGCUUAUAUCUGCACAAUGCUGGGAAAUAUCUCAAUUAUUGUUCUAUCCAGGAUAGACCCCCAACUGGACAGCCCAAUGUACUUCUUCCUAUCUAACCUCUCCUUCUUGGACCUGUGUUUUACUACAACCACCAUCCCUCAGCUGCUUCUGAAUCUUUGGGGCCCAGAUAAAUCUAUCAGUUAUGGGGGCUGUGUGACACAGUUUUAUGUUUUUCACUUCCUGGGGGCUACAGAGUGCAUCCUCCUGGCUGUGAUGUCUUUGGAUCGUUACAUUGCCAUAUGCAAGCCCCUACGAUACCCAUCCAUCAUGCACCAGCAACUGUGUAUCCUCCUGGUGUCCAUGGCAUGGCUGAGUGGUUUGGCUAACUCGUUGCUUCAAUCAACCCUCACUGUCAAGCUACCACUUUGUGGAAACAACAAGGUAGACAACUUUCUCUGUGAGGUCCCAGUGAUGAUCAAGAUGUCCUGUGCUAACACUGCAUUCAACGUAGCUAUGCUCUCCAUUGUAGGGACUUUCUACUCCCUGGUUCCCUUGUCACUUAUCCUUGUUUCCUAUGGGUUCAUUGUAGCUACUGUGCUGAGGAUUCGUUCCUCAGAGGGCAAGAAGAAAGCCUUUAAUACAUGUGGUUCUCAUGUUGUUGUUGUGUCUCUUUUCUAUGGACCAGUAAUCAGCAUGUAUGUACAACCUUCAUCUUCUAAUUCCCAGGACAAGAACAAACUUCUGUCUCUGUUCUACAGUUUGGUGACUCCUAUGCUUAACCCUUUUAUCUAUACUUUGAGGAACAAGGACAUGAAAGGAGCAAUGAGGAGGCUUCUUGUCUCAUUGUAUCACAGAGGAACAGAGCAGACCUAA